AACUCUAUAAAUAAAGCGGUUACAUUGCAGCUGCCGUUCUAACUUCCUCUGACCACCAAACUGAAACACACACAAACACACACACAGUGUGUGUAAACAUUCAUCUUCAGUAGUGAAGGAGGAGGUUGAAACUUGAAUGUGUGCAAUGCCGAUGGAUGUACCGAAGAAACCGUUCGCCAUUUGUUCAUUUCUGUUUCUAAUGCUGUUAAUUGCUACCGCUGUGCACAUAGAAAAUGAUUCAAACCUUAGGACUGCGGAAACAGAGAAGUUGCAGAACCAGAGCUUCUACGACUCAUCAAUGGCGGCAAGAAUAAAGGAGAUUGAAGCUUUGAAUGAUAAUGCAGUUCAAGAUCCAGAAGAGGUUGUCUCUCAUGUUGAAAUGACCAUGAGAAACAACACCGAGAGAAGGAAACUAGGAUACUUCUCAUGUGGGACGGGUAACCCUAUUGACGACUGCUGGCGUUGCGACCCAAACUGGCACCACAACCGCAAGCGCCUAGCAGACUGCGGCAUUGGGUUCGGACGAAACGCAAUCGGAGGCCGCGAAGGUCGUUUCUAUGUGGUCACCGACCACCGAGACGAUGACCCAGUCAACCCACGGCCCGGGACCCUACGCCACGCCGUCAUACAAACCGCCCCCCUCUGGAUCGUGUUCAAACGCGACAUGGUGAUACAACUAAAGCAAGAACUUAUUAUGAACAGCUUUAAAACCAUCGAUGCGCGCGGAGUGAAUGUGCACAUAGCUAAUGGAGCUUGUUUAACUCUUCAGUUUAUUACUAAUGUUAUUAUUCAUGGGUUGCAUAUUCAUGAUUGUAAACCAACUGGUAAUGCCUUAGUUAGAAGCUCUCCUUCACAUUAUGGUUGGAGAACAAGGGCUGAUGGUGAUGCUAUUUCCAUUUUUGGAUCUAGUCAUAUUUGGAUUGAUCAUAACUCUCUUUCUAAUUGUGCUGAUGGGCUUGUUGAUGCUGUUAUGGGCUCCACUGCCAUCACUAUUUCCAAUAAUCAUUUUGCUCACCACAAUGAGGUGAUGUUGUUGGGGCAUAGUGAUUCUUAUUAUAGAGACAAGAUGAUGCAAGUGACUAUAGCAUAUAACCAUUUUGGUAAAGGUUUAAUUCAGAGAAUGCCAAGGUGUAGACAUGGGUAUUUCCAUGUGGUUAACAAUGACUACACUCACUGGGAGAUGUAUGCUAUUGGUGGAAGUGCAAGCCCCACCAUCAACAGCCAAGGCAACAGAUAUCUUGCACCUAAUAAUCCUUUCGCAAAAGAGGUUACAAAAAGGGUUGAUACUGAUAUACAUAAAUGGCAUGGGUGGAACUGGAGAUCAGAAGGUGAUCUACUUCUUAACGGUGCGUAUUUCACUCCAUCCGGGGGAGGUGCAUCUGCAAGCUACGCUAAAGCGUCAAGUUUAGGGGCCAAAUCAUCUAGCAUGGUUGCCGCCAUAACCGCCAACGCUGGUGUUCUCAAAUGUCGUAGGGGUCACCAAUGCUAGCAUCACCACGUUGUUUUUCUUGGUCAGCGUUGUUUUUUUCACACUCCGUUCAUCACCACGUUGUUGUGUGUUGUGUCGUGCAACCUCGGCCAAGUUCGAAGUGUUGUUCACCGCGCUCUACUUUGUGUUUUUAGAUCUAACUAGGUAUAUUUGUUUUCGGUCACAAGAUCUGAUUCUUUUUUCUUUUUAUUUUUUAUGAUUUCGUUCUAAUUUUCAAAGUGUAAUUUCGGUUAUUUGAGUAGAUACGAGUUGUAAUGUUGAAGCUACUUGGGUCAUGAAAUGAAAAGAUUUUUUUUUUU